AUGCAUUUUCGUGGCGGGUGGGUUGAAAAUAUAUACCAAUUACCAAGAAGCUGCAUCCAGAAGACCCUUUUGUAUUUCACAAGAGUGGCUUCCUCAUUUUCUUCUUCUUCUGCAUCUGCUCUAUGGAAAUACGAUGUGUUUCUGAGUUUCAGAGGAGAAGAUACCCGCAAAAGCUUUACAGACCAUCUCUAUGCUGCCAUGGAAAGGAAGGGAAUCAUCACCUUCAGGGAUGAUGACAGACUUGAGAGAGGAAAACCCCUUUCCCAGGAACUCUUGAAAGCCAUAGAAAACUCAAGAUUUUCCAUUGUGAUUUUCUCCAGAAACUAUGCUUCUUCCAAAUGGUGUUUGGAUGAAGUGGCAAAGAUUGUUGAGUGUAUGAAAAUGAUGGGUCAAACCGUUAUUCCAGUUUUCUACCAUGUAGCUCCAUCUGAGGUGAGGAAACAAAAGGGAAGCUUUGAGAAAGCCUUUGCUUUGCAUGAAGAAAAUUUCGUGGAAAAUACAGAGAAAGUGCAGAGAUGGAGGGCUGCUUUGGAAGAAGUUGCUAAUCUCUCUGGGUGGGAUUUACAAGAGAGGCAUGAGUCAGAAGCCAUUGAGGAAAUUGUUCAAAGUGUAUUCAAUAAAUUGAGAUAUGCAUUCUCAAGAAGUACCAAAAGCUUAGUAGGAAUUGAUUCCCAGGUUGAUGAAAUAAUUAGGUACUUAAGCACAGGGUCAAAUGAGGUUCAGAUUGUAGGGUUCUGUGGAAUGGGUGGGAUAGGGAAAACAACUCUGGCUAAAGUUGUUUUUGAUAAGAUUUCGCAUCAGUUUGAAGGCAGUAGUUUUGUUGCCAAUGUUAGAGAAUUUUGCAAAAAAAGUGAUCUCCUUGAGUUACAGCAUCAACUUCUUUCUGAAAUCCUAAUGGAAAGAGAAUUAAUGCACUUUAAAUUCUGGACUAGAACUUACAGAACCAAUAUGAUCAUGAAGCGCCUUUCUUCGAAAAAGAUUCUUCUUGUCCUAGAUGAUGUGGAUCGGCUAGAACAAUUAAAAGUAUUGGCCGGAGAACAGGAUUGGUUUGUUGGAAGUAUAAUCAUCAUAACAACUAGAGAUGAACAUUUGUUGGUCGCCCAUGGGGUUGAUAAGAUAUUUAAGAUUAAGGAAAUGAAUCGAAACGAUGCUCAUCAGCUUUUUCGCUUGAAUGCAUUUAGAAUUAGGCAACCCUUAGAAGGUUAUAAGGAUCUGACAGAUGAAUUUGUGAAAUAUUCAGAAGGACUUCCAUUAGCCCUUGAAGUUUUGGGAUCCUCUUUGACUGGUAGAAGUGUUAAUGAAUGGAUAAGUGCCCUAGGUAGACUAAAAGAUAUUUCCAAUAGAGAAAUUCUUGAUAUACUAAGAACAAGUUAUGAAGGAUUAGAGGAAAUAGAGCAGAAGAUUUUUCUGGAUAUUGCAUGUUUCUUUAAAGGGAAGGACAAAGAUAGAGUGAUAAGCAUACUAGACAGUUGCAAUUUCCAUUCUGAAAUUGGAAUAAGGGUACUUAUUGAUAAAUCUCUUAUAACUCUUUCAGACAAUAGACUACGGAUGCAUGACAUUCUACAGGAACUGGGUCGGAAAAUUGUUCUGGAAGAAUCUCCUGAAGAUCCUGGAAAGCGCAGCAGGUUGUGGCGUCCUAAAGAUGUUAUUUAUGUACUGAAAAAAAAUAUGGCAACAGAUUCAAUCAAAACCAUGAUUGUCAAUCGUCGGUCUAUAAUGAAGAAGGCAAUACACAGUACUGAAGCUUUGCUCAAACUGGAUGAUUCCAUUUUAGAGGCGAGGGACUGUGAUCCUGCAGCUUUUUCAAAGAUGAGUAGACUUAGAUUGCUAGAAGUUAAUAGAAAUUUAAACCUUCAUCAAGGCCUAGAGUAUCUGUCAAGUGAAUUAUGUUACUUCAAAUGGCCGCGAUAUCCUUUGCAAUUUUUGCCAUCAAGUUUCCCACCUAAACGGAUCGUAGAAAUUCACAUUCCUUGUAGUCCAAUCAAAAGACUUUGGAAGGGAAUAAAGAUUUUAGAGAAACUCAGGGUCAUCAACCUUAAAGGCUCCUUUAACUUGACCAAAACCCCAGAUUUUACAGGUGUUCCAAAUCUUGAGAGACUUGUUCUUGAAGAUUGCCCAAGCUUAGUUGAGGUUCACCCAUCUAUUGGAUUUCUAAAUAGACUUUCUCUUCUGAAUCUGAAAUCCUGUAUUAGCAUUAGAAGUCUUCCAGGCAAACUUGAAACUGAAGCACUACACAUCCUUAUUCUGUCAUCUUGCACAAACGUCAAGGAGAUUCCAGAAUUUACGGUAAAUAUGGAGAAGCUAUCCGAACUUUGGUUAGAUGGGACUGGCAUUGACAAGAUUCCCUUGUCAUUAAUUGAACAUUCAACUAGCAUUUCUCUGUUAGAUCUAAGCUGGUGCACAGAUAUUGGAUGCCUCUCAGGCAGCAUUUGUGGGUUGACAUCUCUUAAAAAGCUAAAACUCAGGGGCUGCUCAGGGCUUGAACAAUUGCCAGAGAAUUUAGGAGACAUAGAGGGUUUAGAGGAGCUUGAUUUGAGCAGAACUGCUAUAAGGAAACUGCCAUCAUCCAUAUGUCUUCUAAAAAACCUCAAAGUACUAUCUCUUGAAGGAUGCAGAGAAAAAAAAACCGCCUAGGUUCUUUCAAUUUCGUUAUGUUCCAAGAAGUAUAGAUGGCGUGGGUUUGGUGUUAACUUCUCUAUCAGGUUUGUGUUCUUUAAAAGAAUUGGAUCUAAGUGAUUGCAAUCUUUCUGAUGGAGCAAUGCCUAAGGAAGUAGGCUGUUUAUCAUCAUUAAAAAGGUUGAAUCUUAGUAGAAACAAUUUUGUUAGCUUACCGGAAGGUAUAGGCCAACUCUCUAAGCUUUUAAUUCUUGAUUUGGAAUCCUGCAAAAGGCUUCAAUCAUUGCCCGAGCUUCCACUAAAUAUACAAUACAUGAAGAUUCAAGAUUGUACAUCACUUGAAACAGCCUCUGAUCUUUUAAAACUCGGAAAUCUGUUGCAGUCGACGAUUUCUUGUAUAAAUUGCUUUAAUUUGAUCAGGGACAAAAGCAGCAACCAUGUAAUUCACAUGAUGUUCAAGAAAUACAUUCAGGAACUCUCUUAUCUAAGAUCAAGAUUUGAUAUCAUAAUUCCUGGAAAUCAAAUUCCAGAUUGGUUCAAUGAUGAAGGUAGGGGUUCUACUGUAAUCAUGCAACUCCCUCCAGAUUGGCAUGAUCCUAACUGGAUAGGACUUACUUUAUGUGCUGCUUUUGUGAUCCAUGACCAUCGAUCAUUUUCUGAUGUUGUUGCAUCUUCCAACGACUUUUUUGGAUAUUAUACACACGAAUUGGGGUGUUCUAUAAAAGUCAAUGGGCAAGCUUUGUGUAAGACACCUGUUUUUUGGUUCAAGGAAGAAAUGGGGAAGAUCAAAUCACAGCAUCUAUGGCUGCUCUAUUUGUCAAAAGACUAUUUAGGUAAGACUUGGAGGAAUGAUUUCAAUGAAAUUGAGAUUUCAUUUGAAGUAAAAGGUCCAAGUUUGGAAUUGAAAAAGUGUGGAGCUUGUUUGGUAUAUGAUCCAAACAUGAAGGACUUUAACCAAUCAAUUACUGCCUCAUCUAGUCGCGAAAUGGAUCCCUAUUUUAGGCACAUGGUUCGUAGUCUUAGAAAUGAUUCCUUGUAUUACAAGAAUACAAGAUUUGUGAUGUAUUUGAUGGAAGAAGCCACGCUAAAAGAUGUACUUUUGUUCUCCUUUAAUAACCUGUAGUAGUGCAGGAAAUAUAUAUCUUCUUGAAUCCA